AUGGACAACAUGGCGAAAUCAUCAAAAUACGGCGACGACACCCACGAGAUGGCCCCAGUGGCGUCCAACCUCGGACAGGUUCUCGAGGACAACUCGGUGACCCACGACGCCGUCUUCGGUACCAUUACAGCCGAUGGACCAAACUAUCGUAAUGUGGGAUGGCUAGGGACAUCAGUCCUGAUGAUGAAGACUCAGAUUGGUCUCGGCGUUCUCUCCAUGCCGUCCAUUUUUGAUGUCCUGGGAAUCGUCCCAGGCGUCAUUAUUCUGUGUAGCAUCGCUGCCAUCACCACGUGGUCAGAUUAUAUGGUUGGCGUUUUCAAGCUGCGCCAUCCGCAGGUAUAUGGCAUGGACGAUGUGGGAGAGCUUCUGUUCGGCCGCAUUGGACGGGAGGUCUUUGGCGCGUUCUUCGUCUUGUUCUUUACUUUCACGGCCAGCUCUGCCAUGAUAGGGGUGUCUACCGCCUUGAAUGCUGUGUCGCAUCACGGUGCUUGCACUGCGAUCUUUGUUGCCGUCGCCGCCAUCGCUAGUCUCUCUCUCGCCAGCAUCAGGACUCUCGGGCGUAUGAGUUGGCUUGCAUGGAUUGGUGUCGCAAGUAUCAUGGUUGCAGUUUUCACCGUCACGAUCGCCGUGGGUCUCCAAGACCGUCCUGCUGCAGCGCCCCAGACUGGGGAUUUCGUGUCCGACUUUAAGAUCAUCAACAAUCCGAGCUUCACAAAAGCUAUUGCGUCGAUCUCCUCGAUAGUUUUCUCAUACGCUGGUACCGGGGCCUUCUUUCCGAUCGCUGCAGAGAUGCGCGAUCCGCGCUAUUACACCCGCGCACUGCUUCUCUGUCAAAGUGUGGUUACUGCUGUCUACGUUGCAGUAGGCGUGGUAGUGUACUACUAUUGUGGCUCGUAUGUGUCCUCGCCUGCGCUUGGAUCCGCAGGCCCGUUGGUGAAGAAAGUAGCUUAUGGCCUUGGUAUUGCUGGCCUGCUCGUAUCUUCAACUCUCGUUACUCAUCUGGCUAGCAAGCACGUAUUUGUAAGAAUCCUCCGCGGUUCGAAGCAUCUCACGGCCAACAGUGCUAUUCAUUGGUUGACUUGGCUUGGGUCAACAUCUGGUGUGACUUUGGUAGCAUACCUGGUUGCUAGCGGUAUUCCGGUUUUCAACAGUCUAAUCUCACUUGUUGGCGCUCUUUUGGGUACUUUCAUGUCAUUCCAACCGAUGGGUUGCAUGUGGCUGUACGACAACUGGGGCAAGGGCAAAGCACAUCCGACGAUGAGGUGGCGACUCAUGGUGGCUUGGAGCCUUUUUGUAAUCGUCUCUGGGACCUUUCUGAUGAUCGCGGGAACAUACAGCGCAAUCAUGGGCAUCAUUGAUGAUUACAACAAGUCAGGAGGAUCGGCACAUCCCAAUGAGGUACCGGCGGAGACGUACAGAAAAUGGGCGAAAGCAUACGGUCCUGUCUUCCAAAUCCAGCUGGGCAACACCACAGGCGUCGUGGUGAAUUCGGUCGAUUCUGCAAAACAGCUUUUUCUCGGUCAGCGGCACGCCACGAACUCCCGGCCAAUGUUCUAUGUCUUCCACAAGCAAGUCAGCAAGGCCGUUACCAGUAUUGGCACCAGCCCUUGGGACGAAUCUUGCAAGAACCGUCGCAAGCUUGCCGCUGGCGCGCUCAACAAGCCUCGUGUAGAGAGCUACGCUCCGAUUCUGAAUCUUGAGGCGAGAGAGUUUCUCAAGAAUCUUUUCUCGGAAUGUCGAGAUGGUUCAGAGAAAAUCGACUUCCGCCCUGCGGUCCGGCGUUUUUCUCUCAAUCUCAGCUUGACGUUGAAUUACGGCACUCGGGUUUCUAAGGUCAAGUCCCUAAAAGAAGACCCUUUAUUGGCUGAAAUCAUCUAUGUCGAAUCAGAGAUAUCCAAGUUUCGCGAUACAGGGAAGAAUUAUGCUAACUACAUCCCCCUGCUUCGGUAUUGGGAGCCUAUCGCACAAACUUUGCGCCUCCGCAAGAACCCAAAAAACCAUGCAUCUGACAUCGGCAAACGACGACUGUUAUACAAUGAUACUCUUCUGGAAAAGCUGAAAAUGGAAGUGGAAAGGGGCGAGGACAAACCUUGUAUUCAGGGGACGGUGUUGAAAGAUCCUGAAUCGGCCAUUCUGACCCGCGAGGAGUUGAUCAGCGUUAGUUUGAGCAUGAUGGCUGGGGCAGAUUCAAACCAACCGACGUUGGCCUGGGCCAUUCUUCUUCUGGCUCAUCGUCCGGAUAUCCAAGAUAAAGCAUAUAUCGCCAUUAGAGAUGCAGGAGUGCUCCAGAAACCUUCGAAUGCCUAUGCCUCAACCAAGAUCGAGUACAUUGAUGCAUUGACGAAGGAGGUCUCUCGGUAUUUCGUUGCCCUGAAGUUGGCCUUACCGAAAGCUACCUAUUCCGACGUCGUCUGGGGUUCCGCCACCAUCCCACCUAAUACUCUCGUGUUCCUUAACAGUUGGGCCUGCAACAGAGACCCAGAUGUGUUCAGCGAUCCCGAUGUCUUUGUCCCUGAGCGUUGGCUACCCAAUGCGUCUAAUCAAUAUGCCCACCAGUUCGCCUUUGGCAUUGGUGGACGCAUGUGUGUCGCGUCACAUCUAGCCCACAACGCACUUUACACCGCAUUCUUGCAUCUUAUCGCCCGUUUUCAAAUACUUCCUGCAGAUGGAACAACUUCUGAAGAAAUCGACCCUCUCAAAGGGCUGCAAGGGCUGUCUUUCGUUGCGACACCCAAAGGGUUUCAGGCAAGAUUCGUGCCUCGAGAAGGUGUUGCUGUGGAGGCCUGGUUGAACAACCCCGACGAUGCCAACAUACUCUAA